AUGAAUGGACUUUUUGUGGUCUUCCUUCUCAUCUAUCUGAUGACUCUUAUCACAAACCUUCUUAUAUUUUUCUUGAUCCUCACUGACUACAAUCUGCACAACCCAAUGUAUUUUUUUCUUGCCAACUUGGCAUUUCUGGACAUGUCCUAUUCAUCAGUGACGGCACCAAGGAUGCUCUUUGAUUUGGUCACAAAAACCCGAUCAAUAUCCAUUCCUGCCUGUAUAGCCCAAGUCUUUUUCUACCUCUUCUUUGCUUGCUCAGAAAUUUUAUUGCUCUCGGCGAUGUCCUACGACCGCUACAUUGCCAUCUGCCACCCCCUACAUUACAAAAUAAUUAUGUCUUGGAGGGUCUGUACUCGUCUGGCCUCUCUGUCCUGGUUUGCAGGGUGGUCUCUCUCUUUGGUUUAUAUUUUAUUUUUGCUCAGGUUGUCCUUCUGCAGAACAUCUUCCAUCCACAACUUCUUUUGUGACCUUCCAUACCUUUUUCAAAUUACAUGUACUGACACCUUCAUAAACAUGAUGGUCGUAUUUGUAGUAGGCUGUGGUUUUGGAUUGGGAGCCUUCCUUUUCACCUUUCUUCCCUAUGUCUAUAUUUUUAGUACCAUCCUCAGAAUCCGUAGCAAGACUGGAAAGAGGAAAGCAUUCUCCACCUGCACAUCACACCUCACCGUGGUCUUCAUCUUUUAUGGCUCCUUUAUUUUUAUUUACUUGGUACCCACUUCCAGUGAUAUGGUCAAUUUAAACAAACUGUUUUCAGUCAUAUCUGCCCUCAUUAACCCAUUGCUGAAUCCUCUGAUCUACAGCCUGAGGAACAAGGACCUUAUGGAGGCACUGCUGAGGUCUUAUUAUCACUUAAGGUUAAUUCAGGCGUCAUUCUGAAAACAAUAUAUAUAUAUAUGUCACCAUUGACACUUUGGUUUGUAUUUCUAUUUGAUUAGAAAUGUUAGAAAUGCCUUUUAUAAAAUGUCAGUCACUUGUAGUUGUACUUAACCCUUUUAUGGCCAAGAGUCAGUGUAACCUGGAUGCCCAGGCCACAUUUAGAAAAUUCAAUAUACAUCACUUAACUUCAUAAUAAUUCUGUGACAAACAUUUACAUUCCAAACAUUUUUACAUGUUUUCUAUGGACAUAUAAGGGUUUUAGAUGGCAUACAGUUUC